GCGUAUCUAGAAAUAGAUGGUAUGAAUUGGAAUGAAGAAAAUGAAGAAUCAGGGCCGAUUACCGAUAGUCAACUGCAGGGACGAUUGGAUGAUUGCAUAAAAUUGUAUGAUAAUUUAGCGGCUGCAUUAAUUGAGAUAGGAUCUUACAACACAGCUUUAGAAAAUAUAGAGAGAGUUCUGAAGUAUCAACCAAAAAAUUCAGAAGCUCUAUUUAAGAAAGGAAGGAUAUUAAAAGCCAAAGGGAAUUAUGGAAAGGCUUAUAGUACUUUCCUUGAAGUGGAAAAGAUAGAUCCAGAUAUGAAGUCGUUACUAACAGAAUUAAUGACUGUAAAAGAAAUAAUUUUUAAAUUGAGACUUUAUGUUUGGUCACCGUACGUAUAAAGAUGACAUGACACC